UCUAAACAAAUGCACUGUGAAGGAAAACCUUUUUUAGCUAUUAGUUCUCGGUUACCCACCAAAUUGCAUUGUCUUUCCAGUCCUGGACAAACUGGGACUAGUCCAGCCUUUCUGACAUGGUUUUUCACGGUAGUAGCGGAUUGACCGACCCCGUCCGACAUUGUGUGAUAGUUGAGCGAUAGAUGGCGCCAUUUACGUUUAGGCCUAAAAUAGCGCACGUAGCGCGCGGCGGGCCGGCCGUGCAGCGUAGCAGUCAAGGCGACGCAACAGCUGCCUGUAUAUACGGACCCAGUCUCACAAUACCACGCAAGAAGAUUGCAAAAUCUUUGCCCGGUCGGGGGGAAUUCACUGUCGAAUCAAUAACGUUGGUCAGAAGAGGCACCUGGACAGAACAGCUGUCAGCCCAGCUAGCAAUAUGGCCGAUAUGAAGCCCAAACGCCUGGCCUUGUGGACCCAUCCAAGGUCCCUGUCCACAGCCAUGGUGAUGAGUUUCGCCAACUACGGCAGUGUAGAGGUCUUCUUUGAGAUGUACGGAGGAGCGUUUGCCUUUGGGCCUGAGAAGAAGAUGGCCACUCCAAUGCCGGUACCCAUGGAGGAACACCUGACGUUUGAUGCGGUCAGGUGUCAGCUGGAAACAGCUUAUCCCGAGCGCGACUUGGUCUUCAUGAAAGAUCAUGCCCUCUCACUAGACGGGAAGUACGAAAGGCUGCCGGUGGGCUUCUGCCACACAUUCCUCAUCCGGGAGCCAGCCCAGACGGUGCUGUCCAACUACAAGAUGGGCCUGCGGGGUGGCCUGUCCACCGACCAGUUCCUGCAGAUGACGCAGCUGGUACUGGGCAAGACGCAAGGCUACAAGGAACUGGUGGAGCUGGUGGAGCAUGUAGAGGGCACCCUCCAGCAGCGUGCAGUGGUACUGGAUGCAGAUGACCUCCGGCGUAACCCGGAGGGGAUGCUGCGGGUGUACUGCCAGGCCGUGGAUCUACCCUUCAGGGACUCGCUCCUGAAAUGGGAUCCCAUCACAGAAAUUCCCUGGAACAUCCCGAAGUCAUUGCUGGCCUUCAACCAAGCGAACGGGGCCUAUGAGAAUGCCCUCAAGAGCACCGGCUGGAUCCCACCCAACCCUAACCCCCCGGAUCUCAGCGACUUUCCCAAGCCGCUGUUGGACUUGAUGGAAGAGGCGAGACCAUUUUACAAAAAGCUUUACGCUAAACGACUCCAGCUUGCAUAGCCUAUGUGAUGUCCAACGCCUUUAGCACAAAAAAGCAGGUGCAUCAAGUUUCAGAUUGUGUCUGUUGCUGGUGUCAGUGUCGACAUGUAGCCCUUAUACGUAAAUUGAUUGAUCAGGUUUAAGUUUUGUUUAAACCCCAACUGAAAUUUUCAUUUAUUUCUCUGAAUACAUGUUGGUCGUGCCCUUCGCAGGGUUCCAACAGGCAAAUUGUAGCCUUGCCAAAGUUUAUGAUUCAAACUUCAUGCCAGAUCUUUUUGCACUCAUGCUCUUUAGUGCAGUACCAAAUGUAGUUUCCUCUCCAGAUUCCUUAAGAUUACAGCGACGUUUUGUAAAUAAUCGCCGACAGCGAUAGACAGGUGGAACCCUGUACAUAUAGGUGAAUCUGUAGCACAGGUAGUUCUCAUUACAGGUAAGCUCCUGUCAGGUGUAGAGAUCGUGUUGUGUAAUGUGCUGUGUGUUUAGGUCAAGAACUAUCAGUGCCACGUCACUUUAUACUUGUGCAUUGGGAAAAUUGUAGCCUAAGUAGGGAUAGUUGUUUAUACAUAUUUUGAUUUUUGGUUUGGAUACUUCAUGUAUUUGUCAACCGGUUGUUGAUGGUACCCGGGAUAUACAUGUAUUGAGAGUGCAGGUUGCUAGAGAAAAUCCACCAGCAGUCGACGAAUAAUCAACGCUCAAACUCACCUUAUGGUGUAGUGUUGUGGUCAAGAUCUCUUGGAGCCACCACAAGACCAACACAAGGCCUCCUGUCUGAAUUCCCGUCACAAGACAUUCAAAUCAACUGCAACAAAAGUAUUCCUUUUGUCAGUGUUGAGCCUGUUACUUGCGACUGGUCUCGUGUCUGGUGUUGUGAUGAUUCUUGGCUACAACACUGCUGGUGUGUCAGGUAUGAGUUUGUUUCUGCAUUCAACUGGGGACCCUGAACAAUAGAGGACAAUAAGGUCCCCGAUUGACAGAAGG